UUACGCUGUCACAGAAAUCACAGCUGCGACGUUACAUUUUUUCACUGAUAAAAAUUUUAGUUUUCGAUUGAUAUAUUGCUAACAUUUCCACUAUUUUCAGAAGAAAAAACGUAAAUUUCUUGUGAUACGCAGAAAAUGCCUUUAUGGUGAAGCACUGUUCAAUUACUUGCACCAGGCCUACGUGGUUUGCUCGGUUGUCGAUAAGCAAAACUUUUUUUUUUCACAGAACGGACUAAUACGAAAUGAUGCGAUAUUCUGAAAUACCGAGAGAUUUAUCUUCGGACAGUUUGCGUUGUGGCGAGUACUCGGAGGAGAACCUAUGCUACGUAAAUGCUCGAGAUGAUUCCCCACAAAGCGACAUUUCUACAAAUAGUGGGCAAGGUCUUCCUCUCAUAAAUUCCGUAGAACACGAUAGUGCCAUCAAGGAAUGUCAGUGUCACAAGAAGCACUCUAUCGUAUCCAUUGGGCCAAUAGAAUCCAUAAUAGAUCGAAGUCGUGCCACUACUUACAGACGUUGUCCAGCACCUUCAAAUAAAUCACAAAGUCUCCCACCGAAUUCAUCAAUCGCGAAUAUCGAUUCAAUAAUCAUCAGUUGUCUACGAGUUCCUCCGGAAGAGCUGGCCAACCAACUAACGCUUUUGGAUUUUCCUGUAUUCGCUGCAAUUCAGCCAGAUGAAUUAGCUAGUUGUGCCUGGAACAAAAAGAACAAAGCAGAACUUUCUCCCAAUGUAGUGGCUUUUACAAAACGAUUUAAUCAUACGAUCUUUUGGACAGUUCAGGAAGUUUUGAAUGGAAUAUUACCCAAAGAACGGGCUGAAAUUAUUACUCACUUCAUCAAGGUCGCAAAGUAUUUACACGAUCUAAAUAAUUUGCACUCAUUGUUUGCAAUUACUUCUGCAUUGAAAAGUGCAAGCGUUUAUCGCCUCGAGAAAAGUUGGUCACAUGUUUCCAAAAAAGAUAAGCAACAAUUUGAGAAAUUAGCAGAUGUUUUCCAUGAUGACAACAACUGGGCAAAACUAAGAGAAUAUUUGGAGAGUCUGAAACUUCCUUGUAUCCCUUAUUUAGGUUUGUUUCUUACCGAUUUAGUUUAUAUAGAUCUUGCCCACCCUCAUAAAGGUGGUCUCGAACCAGAACAACGACGUAUCAAAAUGAAUAAUAUUUUACGAGUGAUUUCAAAUUAUCAAGGAUCAGACUAUACUCAUAUCCAACCUAUCAUGAAAACACUUAAUUAUCUCAAUUCCGUCCGGUACAUUGAAGAACUGCAAACCAUAUUUGAGGAUGACCAAUACAAGAAAUCUUUGAAAUUGGAGCCAAUUCCUUCCUCACCUUCAAUAACAACCGUCAGUAACAAAGCAUCAGUAUCACAGAAGCAGGUUGCUCCUAUGACUGUUACCGACAGUAGUAGGAGUAGUAGCGGAAGUGGGCUUCCAACGCACCCGUCAACGUUGGCUUCCCUUAACUUGUCGCCGGCGAAAUCCAACUCCAUGCGAUUUCCCGUGUCAACGCCAAACACGUCGACAGCAAAGUUCAUUGGUCAUCGCAAAUGUCGGAGUCUUGGAACAAAAAUUCGAAGUACAAGUUUGCCACGAAAUUUCCAUAAACAUUGCCAUUGUACAACACUCAUUCCAAGUGGGUUCGCAUCUUUUCGCUGCAAGUGUUGUAUUUUCAACAAAAUAUCAUGUACGAAUACGCAAACUGCUGCGUGUACUAUACAGCGCACGGAAUCGUUCGUAAAGUCCCGCCAUCUUCUGGACGACUCCGUAUUGGAAGACAAAAUAUCAGCUGAUACAACGUCGACGGGGAGUUCAGACGGUGUUAUUGGGUUUGAACAUGAGAACGAACUCUCAGCUGACAUACUCGGAUUUCAAGGAUGCCUGCGACGUAAAACCGUAAUGAAACAUCGUCGCAAAUCGACAGUAUCUUCCUGGCAACGAUACUGGAUUCAGAUAUGGGCCAAUUCACUCGUUUAUUUUUCACCUAAAUCGUUCAAGGGAUCAGAACGAUGCGACUUCAAACGUGAACCUACAAAAGUACAUACUUUGGAAGGAUGGAGUGUAGUACCUAAGGAAGAUGAGCAUAAUGACACAUUUCAGCUAAUAAACCAUCAGCACGGUCAUAUUUACAAGUUUCGUGCUGCUUCUACCGAACUAUCUGCUCUCUGGUUGAAUGCUUUAAAAAAAGUGAUUUCACAAAUUGUUCCUGAUAAUUUAGGCAAACCUCCUGUCAAUUUAAUGUCGUUUGAAUAGUACCUUGUAUGCUGUAUAAAAUCUCUGAAGACUGUAACAUACGCUCUCUAAUAUGUAUAUCAAAGAAAAAAAAAGUUAGGAAUAAAACGUUUUACAUUUUAA